AUGAAAAAUCUAGAAACACUUGAUGCUGGGGAGACAAAUUUAGUCAAACUUCCCGAGUCACUUGGCUUGUUGACUGGUCUUAAAGCUUUGAAAUUAAGGGGUUGCAAAAAUCUUGUUUGCCUUCCUCGAAGCAUUCACAAUUUGAAAUGUCUUGUACUUCUUGAUAUUGCUGGGUGUUCAAAAUUUGCUAGAUUGCCAGAGAAGUUAAAUGAAAUUGAAGCCUUGGAGGAGCUGGACGCAAGUGAAACGGAUAUAACAAAAAUACCUUAUUCCAUUGGUGGUUUAGAAAAACUCAAGGAAUUGUCAUUCGGUGGGUGUAAAAGGUCAACGUUGAACUCUUGGAGCAUGAUUCUUCCUUGGAGGCAUUCAAUUCACAAGGGCUUAACAUUGCCUGCUUCAAUAUUCAAUCUUAGAUCACUGGGAAAAUUAGAUUUAAGCUACUGCGGUAUUGAUGAUGGAUCCAUUCCGGAUGACUUCGGUGGCUUAUCAUCGUUGUGGAUGUUAGAUCUAAGUGGAAACAAGUUUAAGAAUCUACCUGCUGGCUGCAUAUCAAAUCUUUUGAAUUUGGAAAUUCUGAAGAUGAAUUCUUGCACGGAACUUCAGUCGUUGCCGCAGAUUCCGCCCAGAGUAUGGAAGAUGCUUGCAGAAAAAUGUGAUUCAUUGGAUACAGUGGAAGGUGAACAAUUAUCACAUCUCUUUGCUUCAAGGGACCGGGAGCACCUAUUUGCACGUGGUUGUUUCACGAUGAUGAUUCCUGGAAGUGAAAUAUCACCAUGGUUUGAGAAUCAAAUCAAUUUUUAUCUAGAUCAUAAAGGCGAAGCUUUACUGAUGAUAGACAUACCUCCGUGCGAAGAAAUAUUGGGAAUUGGAUUAUGCGCUCUUCUAGAAGGUGACUUUUAUUUCAUAGAAGAGAGGUGGCCUCUUUUGUUGAUGCAUGAUUUUUGGUUUUAUGUGGGUCCGAGUCGCGAAAACCAUGCUAUGCCAGCGUCUAAUUGUAAGGGUGGGGAGAAAAGAAAGUCUUGUCACCUCCGAGUCUUCUUUUACUAUCCAACAAAGUAUGACCGUGAUAUGUGGCAAUCAAGGAAGUACAGUCAGAUUCCCUUCGUAUUUAAAGCCCUUCCCGUCGACGCGAAAGUUUCAAUAAAGUGUGGAUGGCAUGUCAUCUGCAAAGUUGAUGUUGAAAACAGCGGUAGCUCAAAGAGUCAAAGUCUCCUUCCAAUACCAGAACAACAAAUGGACCGAGUUGUUGAUCAUAACCUGGUGCCGAUGACAGGCCUUGGGAGUCCAUGGCAUUUCCAAACCGCAUUCACGAAAGAUGGUCCAAUAACGCUCCCAGACUCACGUUUAGAUCCAAACCUCGGGUUCUGA